UUAUUUCUAAUUUCAUAUACAAUUACUUUGUAGGUGUCGUAAACUAAACCGCAGUUAAAAGAAAUAGAAAUAUAAUACAAUAUGGGUAAAGUCAUGUCAAUGGUCGCCAAUAAAAUGAACCGAUUCAAUGUGGAAAAUAGGGCACAUCGCAUAUUAGAGCGUGACAAACCUGUGCCGGCACCGAAAUAUGAAUCCAAUAUUCAGGAUAUGCAACGAGCUCUUGAAUUGGAUCCGCAGCUGGUUGAUAAACUAAACAAAAAAGAUUUAGCGUUGGAUGAUCGAUUAAAAAAUGUUUAUGUAACUUCCGAGGAUAAAUUUAUUGACUAUGCUGCACAACGCACAGACCCUAAUAAACCGCUUCCAUUAAGUAGAAAAACUCCACAAGAUUUCGAGUAUGGAUACAGAGAACCAACACGGGUUGUGGCAGGUCGUUGUACACUGCGGCAAGCGAUGCAAUUCAUAACAGACCAUCAAAGUGACCCAGAAUUGUGGACGAAACAAAGAAUUGCGUCAGACUAUAAGUUGAAGGAAGAAGUUGUUGGUAACAUUCUUCAUUAUUUUAAAAGCUUUAACGUGUACAUCCCAGAUAAAGGUCAAAAGGAACGUAUUCUGUCCCAAUCCAGUAAGAAAUUAAUUGAAAGCAAGUCAGAAGAUUAAUACUCUCGCCGUUACAUUAGAAAAACGGUAGCUAUCCGAUCAUGUCUUGUUACUUCUAUCAACAAGUUAUACCACCCUUUGUCGUUGGAGAAAUGCGUUAAAGCUCAAUGUAGUCGAUAGUUGAUAAGUAGAAAUAAUUGUUAUCAAAUAUAAAUUAAAUGCUAAAAAUAUCCGCGUCGAAAUCAAA